CACACAACCAAAAACAAAAGCACUCCUUGUUGAAAAUAAGAAAGAAAUUAAGUGAAAAAAAAUGGCGAAAGCAAAUGUUUUUCUUCUCUCCAUUGUUCUAAUGGCUUCUCUCGCUUCCCUUUCCCACGGCCUUGUAAUAAACGGCCUCGUAAUUGGUACAAUCCAAGUUCGAGGUGUCUUGCGUUGUACCCUUACCGGUGUCCAAAACGCCCCUCCCAUUUCCGCUGCGACCGUCUUCUUAACAUGUGGCGGCUCAAGCACCAACCUCGGCCAAGCACUGACCAAUCCCGCCGGUGCCUUCCUGAUUGUGGCCAGAAUUUUGGACACAAUUCUCUUUGACCCCUCUACGUGCAUUGUCAGGGUUCGUCUUCCUGUGGUCACGUGUUCCGUUUUCCCACCGGACGGCGUUGUCUCUGCCACCACUUCUCUGGUCGGUGUCGUCCAGACGAAUCUCGGAAAUAUUGCCAACUUUGUCACUGGCCCUUUCAUCAGCCUCUGAUCAUCGGUGUUCCAUUAUAACAAAUAAAAGUAUGUGUAAUUUGCAUGCAUUUCCUAUGUUUUACGUUAAUGUGUUUGUAAAGGGGAUAAUAAGUGAUGUCAUCUCGA